GUUCCGCAUUCGACUCCCAAGAGCGUACCACUCAGCUCUUCGUGAACCUGUCACUCUGAUGGAUACCUCCGAUGCUACUUACGUCGACGUGCUCAUCGUCGGUGCCGGACCUGCUGGACUCAUGGCGGCAACUGCUCUCGCUAAAGGAGGGGUCAACGUCAAGAUUGUGGAUCAAAAACCAACAAGUGUGGCGGCCGGUCAGGCUGAUGGAUUGAUGCCCCGAACAAUCGAGGUUUUACAGAGCUAUGGUCUGGCAGAGUCACUACUCAAGCAGACCGCUCAACUUCAUAUGAUGUCGUUCUACAACCAUCAACCAGAAGGAGGCGUCAAGCGGACGGGUAGGGCGCCCCUGAUCACAAGCCAGCUCAAUGCGCGUUACCCUUUCUGUGGUACUCUCAAUCAAGGUGCUAUCGAGAAAGUUUUUUUGGAAUCUCUCCUUGAAGCGGGUAUUGUCGUCGAUCGACCUUGCCGCCCUAUCUCACUAGCCAUGUCUACGGAUACCAAGAAGCUGGAUGACCCCCACGCAUAUCCGGUCAAGGUUGUCCUCGAGCAUCUAGAUCAGCAGAACGAGGAGUCCGAAAAAAAAGUUGUCUUCGCCAAGUUCGUCAUUGGAACUGAUGGAGCGCAUUCUUGGGUUCGCAAAUCACUCGGAAUCCAGAUGGAAGGAGAGACUACUGAUCACGUAUGGGGUGCCAUUGACAUCAAAAUUACACCAGAGUCGAACUUUCCAGAUUGGAGGAAUACCUGCACAGUCAAUGCCGCCAAUACGACGAUCUUGAUGAUCCCUCGAGAGCAGGACAUGGUGAGACUGUACGUCGAACUAGGGUUAGAGGAUGGGCUCCUCGACACGGCCUCUGGGCGAAUUGCCGUGGGGAAGAUUGGGCCGGAACGGAUACUAGAGAUUACGAAGCCUGCGUUCGAACCCUUUGUCUUGGAACCAGCCUCAAUAGACUGGUGGACUGUUUACAUUAUCGGCCGGCGUGUCGCGUCUCGCUUUUCCGUCAACGAUCGAGCGUUCAUAGCAGGAGAUGCUUGCCACACGCAUUCCCCCAAAGCAGGUCAAGGCAUGAACGCCAGCAUGAACGAUUCACACAACCUUGCCUGGAAACUUAUUUACGUUCUCCGUGGAUGGGCCGAUAUGUCACUCUUGAAAACCUACGAAUUCGAGAGGCUUAAAUUCGCUCAAGACUUGAUCAGGUUCGAUGGGUUGUACGAGGCAGGCUUCUCCGUCAAGGCUCGAUCGGAGCUCUUGAAGGAUAAGACUAAGCCCCCUCCAGAGCAAUUUGAAGCAUUCCAUGAAUAUGGUGGUCUUACGUCCGGAGUGGGAGUGCAAUAUUCCCCAUCCGUCAUCACUGCAUCCUACCCAGGCCAGACUGCGUGCCACGCAACAAAACUGAUUGUCGGUCAACGUCUCCCACCUCAAAUUGUUCUUCACGCGGCCGACAACAGACCGGUCGAAAUCCAGGACCUUUGUCCAUCCGACACGCGCUUCAAGAUCCUUGUGUUCACUGGUGACAUACUUGCGCCGGCUCAGUCCGAACGUGUGCAACGGUUCGCCACCGGGAUCACUCGUUCGACGUCCAUAGUCAGCAAACUUGGCGACAAGGCCUUCGACAUUAUGUGCGUUGUUAAGGGCGAGAAGGAAACUUCCGUCUAUCUCGACGUUCCAAGUGUCUUGAGGUCUCACUGGACGAAAGUCUUGCUCGACGCACGGAAUGCUACUCAUACCGGGGGCGGCAUGAUGUAUGAAUCAUAUGGUGUCUCGUCCGAUGGUGCCAUCGUCGUCGUGAGGCCUGAUGGCUACGUGGCCUUGGUGACAGCUCUUGAGGACAUUGUUGCAUUUGAACAGUACUUCUCUGGUUUCUUGAAGGUUUGAAGCGCUAUCUUAGAAAUGUAGGGUCUAUACAGUCGAGGAAACAAAGGCGGGUAUUGACGGGCAGCAGCACGUAAAAUGGAUUAG